AUGCAGCAGUUCUGUUCGGGUGGGCAGCGACCAAAACCUCCAGUUUUGUCGCAUAAAAGAGAGCUCGACGUCCUGUGCCGACGGGUGUUCGUCAGGACCAGUUCACCACUGUGGCACUUAUGCGCUGUGUUCGCGAGCAAGGGAAAGGUCACGAUGGACCGCGAUGAAUAUAAUGUCAACGAUCGCAUCGGACAACCGCCACUUGGGACGCACGGUCUUUAUGCCGCCACGACACGACAACCCAUGCUUCAAAUUACAAAUUUAACUGUCGCAAGAUCAACCCCCCACCAAACCAUUGAGCUUACGAUACGCAAACAUGAGACACGACGCCGACAUCCUGCAGAGGCCAUGGCAGCAUUGCAAUAUUUCGCUGUUCAAGCCCACCUGAAGAGUAUUACCUGUUUCGCACGAUAA